AACGGCCAGUCGGCUUAAUCUUUUAAUUUGACUAGGGUUCUCCUGUUUCGUUUGUUCAUCAGACACACACAGAGAGAGAUGACGACAAUCCGAAGAUUUUGCUGCAACGAUCUUCUUCGGUUCACAUCUGUAAAUCUUGAUCAUCUUACUGAAACGUUCAAUAUGUCAUUCUAUAUGACCUACCUAGCGAGAUGGCCUGACUAUUUCCAUGUCGCUGAAGCUCCGGGCAAUCGAAUUAUGGGCUACAUUAUGGGCAAAGUUGAAGGGCAAGGUGAGUCUUGGCAUGGCCAUGUAACAGCCGUGACCGUCUCUCCUGAGUAUCGCAGGCAGCAAUUGGCCAAGAAACUUAUGAACCUGCUAGAAGACAUCAGUGACAAGAUUGACAAGGCGUACUUUGUGGACCUCUUUGUGAGAGCAUCAAACACACCGGCCAUAAAGAUGUAUGAAAAGCUUAAUUAUGUAAUCUAUAGACGGGUGCUGCGCUAUUACUCUGGGGAGGAAGAUGGGUUAGAUAUGAGGAAAGCAUUAUCUCGGGAUGUCGAAAAGAAGUCCAUCAUACCCCUCAAAAGGCCAGUUACUCCUGACGAACUGGAGUAUGAUUAGAAUUUUUAUUGUUGAACUUCUGCAAACUGAAAUUGAUGGAAAUGCAUCACCGUGCUUCUGGCAUUUGGACAUGCAGUGAUUAGGCUUCAGAUUGGUACCAAUUUCAGGUAUUGCAGAUGUAACUAAUAAAUUAUGUAUGUAUGGUCUCUGAUGGUAAGUUAUGCAUGACAACGGGGAGAAGUGGGACGCCUUUUUAAUGGUCGUCGAGGUUAAUAUGUUUGUACUGUUUUCUGUCAUUGUGAAUUUUGAAUGACUUUGUUGCUUUAUCUUACCUUUUCAAGCCUCUAAAAAGUCUUCUUCGAGGAUUUUGCA